CAGCAGCACAACUGCUCAGUGGUGUGACCUGGGCCAGCGAUGUACGUGACCACUUCUAGCCAUCCGCCACAUCACUAAGUGUAGGCUCAGGCAAGUACAAGCGUCGUCCUUCUUUCCUGAUACUGAAGGAGACGAGUCGAGCCUUCCGCCGACUCGGAAGACCUCCACCAACACCGGGCCUUCAACACGACUGUACGGCAUAUACCUGUCACUACCCUUCACCGAGUAUGAUCUAGCGAGUAUGAGGCAGUACCCACGAUGCCACGUCAAAGCGCCACACCCCGAGAUCAAGACCAGAGCGUGGGUUUGUCCAGUGGGGCAUACGUCGGCGAGAUUGAGUUUCCCGCGACGAAAUCGAUUCUGUGGGAUCGUCGGCCGCUUUCCGAACCACAUGUCGUCCAUGCAGCCGAUAUAUUCGUUCCAUCGGCUGUUGUCGUCUCGCCGUCCGCGGUCACCUCCAUUAUCAACUCUGUCAGGAAUAAUACCACUGGCGGUGCCUUGGACCUCGUCGGUCAUGCUUCGUUUUCUGAAGAUGUGUCGGCAACCAACUGGAAACUCAUCAUCACUUCGUUCACUCCACAUCGAACCAGCAACGUGGCGUCUGCCAUUCCUGUCUAUGCCAGCACAACAAGUCCAACAGACGACUCCAGCCAGGCAAGUCCAUGGCAUCUUGCGUUGGCUCAAGACUUUUCAAAAGUGCUGGCGCCCACCACCACCACCAAUCUACGGGUCUCGUCCGAAUUAUUGACAGCGUAUUUAUCGGUGCAACUCGUGGUAUCAGAUAUCACUUCCACGUCCGUGACCGUUCAAGCGAGCGCGUUGGGCCCCCAGACCUCGUCGCUGACAUUGACGCCAAUUCGCAACUUGCCCCUUUUAUUGACCCCUCUGGCAAAGCUGCUCAUGAAACCCCGGGCCGUGAGUCCGUCGUGGUGGGGCUAUGUGACACUGGACAAGACCCGCAAGGUCGUGCCGCUGCUUCAGACAGAUCCGCUGUGCGCGUCGCGGCCGUUGGUGGGGGUGUGGGUGCGCAGUCUAUCCCUGUCGCACAUGUACUUGGCCUCCAUGUUGUUUGGAACGACGUCGUCUCGUCAAACGCUGUGGAUUGCGCCGCGAACGUUCCUCCUCGUCAAGUACCCUAUGCAGUCCACCCAGUGGCUGCCAGAGUUUUACGAAUGCACGAUCGUGGCCGACAAGGCAUUACUUGGGUUUUUCACAUCGUCGCAAACCGCUGCAUGUGACAGAGCGGUGGAAAUUUGUAUGGAGCGCCGCGUGUUUCCUGCCACGCUGCCAACAUCGUCGUUAACUUGUGAAGACCAAGUCUCGACGCAAGAGAAUGUCGUCAACACGAGUGUCCCCCCAGUCGUGAAUUCGUAUCGCCCAGAACCUCCAAGAAAUGAUACCAUGUCGUCCUUUGACAUGCCGACCCCCAUGCCCGAACGAGCCCCCCCCAUCCCCCCUCCGCAGACCAAACCCAUCUUACCACUGCCACCGCCUCCGCCGGGGGAUAUCGAUGACCAACCCAGUGGCGGCAGUGGGGGUCGGAAUGACGUCGACUUGGCGGCGCUCGUCCACCACCAAUCUCGAGUGAUGGAUGCCAUGCAAUGUGAAAUCCAAUCACUGCAACGCCAAUUGAAGGCCGCGAUGGCCCCAAAAACGGAAAAGGCCGAAGUGGGCACCAACACCUCGUUUGCGGGUGAAACCAAUGCCUUGGACUGUACGACGUCGUGGAAGGGCAACGAUAGCGACCUGGACGACGACGACGACCUGGACGACAGGUAUAUGAUGACACCUCCUCCAUUGGUCGUUCAACCAGCAGCCUCACAACCCCCCCCCUCCUCCCCCUCCCCCUCCACGUCAUCGCCCUUGGCAGGCGGCGCAGACUUUAGUUUCGACGUGCCGCGGAUUCAAGUGCCAAGUGCCGCCUCCACCAUGGACGGACAGUCGGACGACGACGACGACGACGAUAUUGCACAGAUCGAAGCGCGGUACCUUGGAAAGGUCAAGCGGGCACCCCUCACCACAUGA